AUAUGGGUGUGCUUGUCUUGGAGGUAAUGACCAAACUGGACCAUCUCCCCAUUGGCAGAGCACAAAUCACCAGCCUGUCCCAGCUUUCACCCAGCCAUCCCAUCAGCGGAGUUUUCCCCAUCAUUUCACCCACAUCUGAUAAACUUGGAGAGCUGCAGGUCUCACUGGUUCUGGAACCUCUGCCAGGACGGUACGACACCAGCAGCUCUAUCCCAACCACAGAUGAGAGUUUGGAUACUGCUCCUGGAAGCAGCAAACCCCAGAUUCUUGCUCCAUCACAGCAGUCCAGGCAAACACGAGUGACUGUUACUGACCAGGCUGUUAACAAUGGCAGAGCCUCAACUCACAGAAAAAAGGACCAUUUUCUCUUUCAAAAGAACUCUGAAAACAUAAAGGACACUUUUCCUGCUUCUCAUCACCCUCUGAUUUUACCAGAUGAAUGUCUGAAAAUGAGUCCUUCGAAUGAAGAAGUGUCAUUUUCCACCAGUGCUAAUCUUGAAGGACCUGCCAGAACAAACACUCGGGUGCUCUCUUUACAUAACCCAGCUACAAAAGACCUGCUUUCAGCUCUUUUGGAUCAAGGCAAUAAACUCCGUGAUGCCAUGGUUGUGUCUGCAAUGAAGUCAAGCCCAGACAUGGACAUUGAACUAACUGAAGUGUCUCCUUUUGUAGAGAGAGAUGAUUUCAAAGCACCAGCCAAGAGCACCAAAGGCUUGAACUCAAGUUCUCUGCCCACUCCUGAAGAUCCCCAUCCCCUUCCUUCUGAAGUUUCUGGUCAGCACCUUGAUCUGAACUCUGAAGAGACAGCAGUCGACCUACUCUUGGGCAGUGCUGAUUUCUCCACUGUGCCUUUCUGGGAUCGGACGGGUUCCCUUUGGGAUUCUCUGUCUCUUGGCAGUGAGGUGUAUGACAGUGAACUCAAUGAUCCCCAUUACGACCAGAGUCUGCUAGAGAGUCUUUUUUACACAGCUCAUAAAUCUGAUUCCAGCUUAAGUGAUUUGCUCAGUGAUGAUGAUGGUGUAAACUCCUCCAAGAAAGUAACCGAAGCACAAACUGGCAAGAACACUGAUCCAAGGAAUCCUCAGAAGGAUUCUAAUGCCUUUGGUCAGGAUCAGAAAGUGACAGAAAUUGUACCCAGCCACUCUGCUAUCAGACCACUUGCUCCUCCAGAAGAUCUCAUAGAAGCUGCUCACAUCACAUCCUUGGGUGCAGACAGGUUGGCAUUGCUGGAGCGAAUCCACCUGGCCAGAGUCAUCAUUGAAAGCUUGAAAGUCCCUCCUGAGAGCAUCCAGGUCUCACCAAGAAAGAAAGGUGUUAUGGGGAAGCCUCCAAGGCCUGCAUCAGUUAACAAGUGUACCUUCUUUGUUGAGUACCACUUUCCAGUGGGAGCCUCUAGGGAUGAAAAAGGACAGAUCUCCAUAACAACAGAAGUAACUCGAAUAGCUUCACGUAGAAUCACAGAUGAUGUGGUGUCAUUCCAGCAGUGGUUUGUGUUCCCUGUCCGCUUUGGUGGAGCCAUGAUAGAGCACUGGUGGAGCUCUGCUCUUGCUUUUAAAAUCUACAUGAGAAAAAGCACACAGAAAAAGCCAGUGGCCAUUGGCUCAGCUGCGCUUCAGUUACGCCAGGUUGUUCAGUCGGAGCUGCUCACUGUCAGCUGUGAAAUACCUGUGGACAAAGAGGGAGAUCAGGCACAAGUUGGGCCACUAAAGGUGUCCUUAGAGCUUGCAGCCAACAACAAAGACUUCACCCACACCACUGCCCGCUCACCUGUGGCUGCACAUCAAGCCCCAGUGCAUGCUGUGAGAAGUCCUGGGCUGCAAUUCCAGGAGCCCAACAGGAAGAGUUUAAGUCCAGGAAGCCCUCACUGCUUGAAACUUAACCACAGUGACUCACAGAAGACAGGAGCAGCCACUAUGAACAUGGUGCAGGCACCACAGGCUGCACCAACCUCUGUAGCCCAUCAUCUGCUGACACAAAGAGCCACGUCUGAAGAAGAUGGGUUAUUGCUACAUGUGCUGCUGAUGGUGCCUGAUGGAAAGGAUUUUGUUGCUGAAGACCAAGGGCUCCCCAGCUCUUGUAAUGUGUAUUUAAACUGCAAGCUGCUCAGCACUGAGGAGGCAACGAGAUCUGCUGUUGUAUGGGGUACUACUCAACCUGCCUUCAAUUUUUCUCAGGUGAUGCCUUUUUCCUUGACUUCCAAGCACUUGGAGCGGCUGAAGAACAACGUCAUGAUUAUUGAAGCAUGGAACAAGAUGGGAAGCCCUGGCUGUGACAGGCUGCUGGGAUUAGUGAAACUGCCUCUGCAUCAGUUCUACAUCUCAUUCAGAGAUCCAAAGAUUUCCCACUUGCUGCUUCAAGCUCAGUAUCCUGUGGUGGCUGUUGACAGUUAUAUGCCUGUGGUGGAUGUUUUUACUGGCAGCAGGAGUGGAAGCCUGAGGGUCAUUCUGGCAAUGGGGUCAGCGGAUCAAAUCGUGGCACUGCAAAGGCUAAAAACUGAAGAAGGGAUGGUACCUCCCAUCACACAGCGACCUUCCCACUCUCUGGACCUUCCUCCUACAAAGCCUGUCAUGCAGUUAGACCAAGAAGGGGAAGACCUGCUGGAGCAUGUGUUUGAGAUCCACGUGGAGAGUGUGAAAGGACUGACACCAUUACAGUCCACUGUCUGGGGAGAGGCCGACUGCUAUGUACAGUACUACUUCCCAGUUCAAGAGACUGGUUGUGGUGCACUGCAAGGAGCUGAAUUGCAGGAGGAUGGCAUCAAGUUAAGGCCGUUCCGCACAGCAACCACUUUAUGUGUCCCUGAUCCUGUCUUCAAUGAUGAGCAUCAUCAUUCUUUGUUGGUUCCUGCUGAUGUCCCAGUCCAGAGGCUUCUGGUCAGUGCAUUUACGGCCCCAGGAGUGGCUGGAGGAGGAAUCCAGUUUGAAGUCUGGUGCAGGUAUUAUUACCCAAAUGUCAGAGACCAGGUGGUUGCCAAAGGAACCUUGCCUUUGUCACGGCUCUGUGCCAUGGUCACUAUGCAGCAUAGAGAAGAAAUAGGGAUACAAACAUUUAAUCUUCCAUUGGUCCCCCGGACUGAUUCCUCAGAGGAAUUUCAUCUGAGGUCUUCAGGUUUGCUAGAUGUGAGUGUGCUAUACCAGCGAUUUGUGAGGACAGCAGCAGGAGGAACUGCUCGAGCUGUUUUUCUUGCUGUACAGAUACACAGAGCAGCUGGUUUGCAAGCAGCAGCGAGAGCUGUGGCACAAAAGAACCCUUCCCUCCAGCACUAUGCAGGUGUGGGAGUCAAUGCUUAUGUCUCUGUGCACCUCUCCUUCCUACCUGAGGCAGAGAGACGCCACACACGAGCUGUGGCUUGUUCCUUCUGCCCUGCAUUUGAGCAUCACAUGGAGAUUCCCUGUAACCUCAUCAUUCAGAAGAGCAGUGGAGAAGCCUCUUGUCUAGGGGAACUCUUGCAGUCUGCUGGUAUCACCUUCUCUAUCUAUCAUCAGAGCACCAGGUCAGCCACUGACAGAUUGGCACCUCAGACAUCAAGAGAUUGUCUUCUUGGGACAGUCACAAUUCCAACCAGGCACCUACUGAGAAGAAGAUCAGGUAUUUCAGGCUGGUACCCAAUUACACUGCCUGAAGAUGUCUUGCCUCCUCACUGCACAAGCAUCAUGCAGGCCAUUGUGGGAGGACUGGAACUCUCUGUCACCUUUGCUCAUCAGGAUGACAGGGAGCGUGUUUUGGAAGCUGCUAAGCUCUUGGGAUGGAACAGUGAGAUCCAUAGCACGGAUGACAGUGAUGAGUGGGAGCAGAGUUCCCAGCCAGUGACUGUGACCAUCUCAACCCCAAGAGUAUGGCUGCCCAUCCACUGUUUGCUGCUUGCAGGCCAGACACACCUAAACAAAAGCACUUAUUGCUAUCUCAGGUAUAAACUGUAUAACCAAGAGGCCACUUGGACUGUGCUUAAAAGGCCAAAACUGAGUGAUGACACCAAGAACGUUACAGUAAACUUCAAGAAACCAAACAAGGUGAUGCUCAGAAGAAGCCAUGGGCUCCAUUGGUUCCUCAGAGAGGAGAAAUUAGAAAUCCAGGUGUGGUGGGCAUAUGGGAAAGCAAAUGAUGUGGAAAGACCACUUGAUACAGAUCGUCUCAUUGGAUCUGCCUAUGUUGACCUUGCAGCAUUAGCAGAGAGCUCAAGGAAGACUAUAAGUGUCAGUGGGGUUUAUCCAUUGUUCAGAUGCAAUGCUGCAGACCUAGCAGGAGCUGCUCUACGUGUUCACAUCGUCCUUUCUACCACUUCUGCUCUGCCCAGCAGGCUUCACUAUGCUGAGGAAUACAGCAGCAGUGAAGAUGAAGGCACAGAGAAGGCACCUGCUCUGAACCAACAGGUCUCUGAAGAUCAGAGUCACAAACUGGAUGUUGUAAGUUCAGAUACCACCAAUGACAAACCACAAGAAGAAGAUGAUGUGAUGCUGCUGGAAAACACAGUUGCUGUCAAUAUCAUUGUGGAAAGAGCAAUGCAUCUGAGUUUAAAAGGUAACAUCACCACCUCCAAAGAACGUGAAGUGACAGCCCCCAGUAGCUGUGUAUCAUUUGCUGUUGCUGGUGCAGAUGCUCCAGUAACCACUUCAGUAAUAGACAAUACAGACUCACCAGUCUACUUCCAGCAAGAAGCACGGUUAUCCAAAGAGCUUCUGCUGGAUCCACAGCAAACCUUGGUCUUCAAAGUGUGGCAUAAAGCAGAGACUGAGCGAGUGAUAGGGUUUGCAUCAGUGGACCUGUCUCCUCUCCUUUCUGGCUUCCAGCUCGUGUGCGGGUGGUACAACAUCACAGACUUCAGUGGACAGUGCAGGGGCAGAAUCAAAGUAGCAGUGUCCCCUCUUCAAAAGCUAACUCAUCUCAAAGAAGAAAGGCAGGCAAGGAUACGGAGCCAGCCCCGAGUUCUGCA